GGUUUUGUAUCUUUAUGUCUCAUAGAAAGUCUUCAACAGAAACUGAAGAGCACCCUUCCCAUCAACGACUCGUUGCAGACUUGGCCAAAAAAGUGCCUCGUCCAGUUGUAUUAUUUUUGGUUCUUUCGACAGUCUUCUUAGGAUCUCUAUUUCCGUUGACAUUGAAGCUACAAGGACCACUAUUAGGAUUGGGUUUUAGUGAAAGUAAAGUGCUGUAUUUCGACUCGGCUCCUGGAGUGUCUUUUGUGACACUUUGGUUAUUGACUAUCCUUUUUUUUCCAGAAAAGGCAACUUAUAUCUUUCGCAUAUUGGUUGCUAUUUUUGUUGUUUCGAGUAUUAUUUAUGGAUUAGUACAAUAUUCGGUGAUUGCUCCUAGUGAUGAAGCAGCUCUUGUGAUCGUUUCUAUUCCGACUUUGUUAUAUACAACAUUCUUUAGUUGGCGUUUAAGACAAUAUCAUUUACAAGGGAAACUACCCAAAGGAAGACAGCGUAAAGAAUGAAAUAAUGACUGAUUACAUGCCAAGGUAGUUUAUUUCUUUUCAAAAGGUAAUAAAGCUGGACCUUGUUCUUGAAUCACACCAUUUCCACCACAAUAAGGACAAGCUCUCUCUACGUACUGACAUGAAAUAGCUUGUGCAGGAGUUGCCGGACCACAUGAAAGACGAAUAAUCGUUCCCGU